CCUGUCCGGAAAGAAUUUGGCAGCCCCGAUGCUGGCGAGCAGAUAUAGAUCAUGGCUGAGAUUUGCGUGUUUGCCCCCCCUGGCUGCAGGGGAAGGAGCUUGAGAUGCGUGGUAAGAGAAGUGUUCCCUGCUCUUGGGUGCGCUGCAUGUUCGUUUGAGAGCAGGAUAUUCCUGUUAUUGCUCGUCCCACGUCCCUGGUGGGUCAAGUCCCGAGAAGACGCCUUCUGUUGGAUUGAAGAGAGCUGAAAGAGAUUCCACGCAGCGUACCUUCUGUCAACAGGCACGAAAACAAGAUCCGGUGAUUGCCGAGCAGGUUUUCGUUUCAGAACGAAACUGGAAGGUGUAUCGAGAAUUUAGCCGGAAUUUCCCGAGAGAAAGUGGUGCUGGUAGCAGAUGUCAUUGGGUUUUGUCUUUGCUGCACUUCUGAUUUUACGCAGUACACCUAAGCACAUAGUGUGACAAAUUGAUAGCAGACAAGCAAUAUGUCAAGUCUGGUAGAAUUAAUGAGGGGUUUUUGAUGUGCCCUCUGGCCAAAGAUUAUCUGCCCACGGAUUAUUUCCAGUGAGACGGUGGAGUUUCUUCCAGCCGUCUGUCCUCCGUGUUUGUUUUGCCUAACCACGUUUGCACCUAGUCCGGUUUUUACGGCCGGUGGCGUGCAGAAGGGAUCUCCGCUAUAUUGACUGAUGAAAACGUGCACCGAGACCGAAAUGGUUUUAAAGAGCCGUGAAGCAUUGCUACAAAACCUUAUAAAGAAACUGCGGGAUGCUGCGCUCUUGCUUAAAAGCGUUACUGUGCACGUGUGGUGUUUUUCGUAGGAACCAGAGACGGGCAUCUCGGUGCAACCUUCUUGCCAGUCCGGCAGGAUGAGACGUCUCGGAGAGCGUCCGUUUCGCAACCGGACGUUUACCUGGAAGCGCGCGAUUAUAUGUGUACGCCUGCGGGGAUUUACCUUCUGGAGGUCGGGACUUAAUUUCCUUGUGUGGCGGAUGGUUUUGUUGUAAGCAUCUCUGUCUGUUUGGCUGUUUGUAGUCUGUCAUCGGCCAGAGCGGCAGAAGGAGGGUGGAGCUGUUCAGUGGCCUCGCCCAUGGAGCCAUUACUCACCGGUGGCCAUUGUUUGUAGUGAAAGUGUAGGAGGCCGGCAGUCUGUUGGAGUGUUGUUUUGUUCCACCGCAGCGCCUACUGAGGGAGGGUGGUAGGUAGGUAGGUGUGUUCAGACGGUAUUUGCGAUCGCUUAGCACCCAAAUCUGUGGGCCCAGCCCCUUUACGAUCCGAGUCGUUCAGAAGGUUAGUUGUAUACUCACUUGGUUGGAACCCAGGGCCAGGCUGCACUGUGUGUGUUUGGACCAAGAUGUGCGUUCGCAUAUAUGUAUGUGAAGGGAGAGUGAACGUGCAGCAACACCUGGUGAACGAGUUCUUCCGGGCUGUGACUUACACACCCCCUUCCAUCUGCUCUUCUGCUGCCUCGGCUCUUGCAGUCUGACGGAAGAAUGAUCAUGGACUUUUCCCGCCUGCACACGUACACCCCUCCGCAGUGCUCUCCGGAGAACACGGGCUACACCUACUCCCUCAGCUCCAGCUACUCCUCGGCAGCCCUUGAAUUCGAGAAGGCUCACAACAUCGAGCCAGUGUUUGAUUCGCCAAGGAUGUCGCGCCGUAGUCUUCGUCUUCACGCUAUGGGCUCUCACUACAGUGACGGGAGCCUGCUGGACUCCUCUCACAACCACAGCACUGCCUACAGCACCGCCUACAGCGCAGGAGGCUCCAGCCGCAAAGAGACCCGAACGGUGAGGAGCAGGAGGCAGCAGCAGUUGUCGUCAACACCUCAGACGCUGCUGCGAUCCACGCACCACUCUCAGUCAGGCUCCUCCAGUCUGCACAGCUGCAUGGUCAGCAACGCUUCCCUGCUCUCUGGGAUGCUGGAUGAGUCGUGCAUACAGGAGCGUACGCAGGUUGAUGGUCUCUGGGGUUUGGAUGAUGAUACUAAUCUUAAAGAGCGGAGUUUGAGGACGGAACACAGUGCGGCACUGGUAAACGGAGAUGUUGCCUCUACGUGCACGGAGACUUCCACGGUGAACGGCUACAUCUGCAGCAACUGCAGCCUCCACUCUGAGAGGAAGGAUGCACUCACGGCCUACUCCUCCUCUUCGUCUGCUGCUUUCUCUCGCUCAGCCGCCGCUGCUGCCACAUCUUCCACUAUCUACAGGAGCCGACGGGACAAGACAGGUGUGCUGGCAUCCUUCUGGCAAACCACUGUGCGAUGUGUCAGGCGGCCUGUUGCCUCUCUUGUGUCUUUGGUGGGGGCAGUAAUGCAGAGUGUUCUGCUGAUGACGGGCUGUGUGACCAAGGGCCACGAAGGCAAAGGUGUCCUGACUUCUUUCUCAGAUACCUUUCUGACCUAUGGAAGGUGGGUGUUCACCUCCGUAAGGUCCUGCAUGUUGUCACUGAAGCAGAACGUACUGCGGAAGAUGGGUUAUGAGGCCAAAGGCCACGAGGGCAUCAGUGUGGGUGACAAAGCCCACUCAAGUUACUGUGGGAGUGUGAACGUGAAGGGCCUGGUGUCAGCUGACAGGCACCUGAAUCUGAACGGGUCACUCUGGAAGGCAGCCACGGGGGUGUUCUGGUGGCUGGGGACUGGGUGGUACCACCUGGUCACCCUCAUGUCCCUUUUCAACGUCUUUGUAUUGACACGAUGCCUCCCUAAACUGUGCAAGCUCCUCCUGUUCUUGCUGCCAUUCCUGUUGCUCCUGGGCUUAUGGUACUGGGGUUCCUCCAGCUUGCUGGCCUACUUGCCAGUGGUCAGCUUGACAGAGUGGUGGGCAGCAUCACCCCUGGCCCUUGUCCUGACCCGACCACAGACCCUCUACACAGCACAAGAGCCCAUCCCGAAGCCAACUGUGCAACCGGCUACCAUGGUACCCUCCGUGAACCUGGAGCGCCUGGCUCGGUUGGAGGAGAGGCUGGAGUAUCUGUGGGGGAGUGUAGAGAAGGAUGGUCAGCUGCACAAAGAGCAGCACAGGGAAGUGAUGGCCCUCUACCGGACCCUUGCGGACCAGCUGGUUGAGCGAACGGACAGGGACAGCCUGGCACUCUGGGUGUCAGGCCUCCUGGAUCAGAGGCUCACUCUUCUCAGGAAGGAGCUGCACCAGGACACCAUGCAGAGAGAUGAGCAGUACCUACAGCAGCAGCAGAGUCACACGGCCCAGCUGUCCGAACUGGAGGCCCUGCUGCGAGACCUAGCAGCCCAGACCAAGGAGGUGCAGCAAAAGCAGAAGGAGGUUCUACAUCCUCCAGCCCCAGAGAGUAUGGGUGUCACGACGGAGGAGCACAGUGCUCUGCUGGUAGAGGUGCAGAGGCUGGAGGCAGAGCUGAAAAGCAUCAAACAGGAUCUACAGGGGGUGAUGGGAUGCCGAGGAAGAUGUGAACAGCUGGACACCCUGCAGGACACAGUGUCUGCGCAGGUGAGGCGGGAACUGCGCACACUGUUCUACGGUGGCGAGCAGGUAGAGCAGGGUGACAUACCGGAGCCUCUGCUGACAUGGCUGUCUGCACACUUUGUGAGAGGCUCGGAUCUGCAAGGGGCGUUGGCAAGCCUGGAGAGCGCUAUCCUGAAGAACAUCUCACUGUUGUGGGCAGAUGAAAAGGGGAAGGGUCCAAGUGCUGAGGAAGUGACAAAGACUGUGGCACACACCACAGCAGCUUCAGGGAUGUCAGAAGAGCAAGUGGAGCUCAUUGUACAGAACGCCCUCAAACUGUACUCCCAGGAUCGCAUCGGCCAGGUGGACUACGCCCUGGAGUCUGGAGGUGGCAGCAUCCUGAGCACGAGGUGUUCGGAGACAUACGAGACGAAGACGGCCCUGAUGAGCCUUUUUGGUGUCCCGCUCUGGUACUUCUCCCAGUCGCCCCGUGUUGUCAUACAGCCGGAUGUCUACCCUGGGAACUGCUGGGCUUUCAAGGGCUCCCAGGGCUACCUGGUGAUCCGCCUGUCCAUGAGUGUGCUGCCCACAGGCUUCUCCCUAGAGCACAUCCCCAAAAGCCUGUCCCCAACGGGCAACAUCAGCAGUGCCCCCCGCAACUUCUCUGUCUAUGGGCUGGAGGAUGAGUAUCAGGAGGAGGGGAAGCUACUGGGUCAGUAUACUUAUCUGGAGGAUGGGGAUUCACUGCAGACCUUCACCGUUGAGGUAGAGAAUGACCUGGCUUACCAGAUCAUUGAGAUGCGGGUGCUGUCCAACUGGGGUCACCCGGAAUACACCUGCCUGUACCGUUUCCGGGUACAUGGGAAGCCCAAAACCAAAUGAGAGCAGAUGCUCGCUUGUCUGUUCUUUCAUGUAUAUAGGGGAUGUCUUUUCUACAGAGUGGCGAAAAAUGCACGUUUCGUAGGGGCCAGGGGAUUUACAGGGAUUUUCCUGUGAGUACAUUUUUUUAAAUGGGGAAAAAACGAACUUCUUCAAAAUGUAAAGAAAAGACUGGAACUUGCGCUGGAGGCAGACAGGGCAGGGGAACAGGAAGGGGAGCUAUGACUUUGACCCCACCCUGAUCUUUGCCCAGCUCCAGUCUCAUGCACUGACUCGCCCUUCCGGAGAGGAACAUGGAUGGCUGUAUGGAGGAUGAAACUUUGGGUGUCUAGCACUGUUAUAAACAUUUCCCCACGUCAAGAUAGACAGCACUUCUCUACUAAAUGUUUUCUGCCUCCCCCCCUUUGGAAGUACUUUAAACCAGUCUAUUUUGAAGAUUGUCUGGAACCAAUGCCCUACUGGCUUGCCCUCUCCUCCCAUGAUUCCUCUUUUAGGGGGCCGGGGGCACUUAACAUAGACUCUGCUGUCCAUGUGGGAUGGUCUUGUAGACAACGCAUUAACUGCUACCACGUGAACAUUGGGGCCAUACAGGACCCACGUUCCACGCAUGUUAUCCACGCUUCCACAUAUCACCCACCUUCCUCCUGUUUGCCUCCAACAUGGACCCUAAGCAAACAUACACCCUCCCGUUGGACAGUAUUAUACACUAACGAGGGAUGUGUGAUUUUUGUUCCUCGAGCUGCAGCUUUUAGAGUAUAUUUUGAACACAAGCUGAAAAGACAAAAAUAAAGCAGGUAAGAUUCAGUAGAUUUGAGUUUAGAUAGUCAAGACUAAAGAGCAGUGUUUUGACGCCCCCACCCCGACCCAAAGCUACACACCACUGAGGAGCUUUGUGAAAGUCAGGAUCAAAGAGUGGCUGUGGUAGUCGAAAGAGGGUUAGUGUCCAGAUUCUCACAGUGAGGUUCUUCUGACCUUAGGAGGCAUUGAGGGAGUCCAUUUAGUUGGACAUGCAUAGAAACGUGGACCUAGCAGGUGCAUGGUCCACACUGGACAUCACUUAAACAAGAGGCAUGGAAAGCUUUCAAAGUGGCUCAUUGUAUCAGUCAGUACGUUCUCAUCAGAGGGCUUCUUUAUCCUGAAACCGCAGAGGAAUGUAUACUGUAUAUUUUAAUGUUAAUAGUUUGUCCUUUAAACCUGCUAAUAUCAGUGUUGCUUUGGAAAUGAGUACACCCUAUAAUAUUACUGUUAUUUUAAUGUUUGUCACUGUAGU